ACUGCAAAAUUGGAUAGGCCCAACCCAGUUCACUUGGCUGGGCCAAAUCUCGUCUUAAUUUUUUAUAUCAAUGGGCUAUGCUGGGGUGAAAAAAUGACUUACAUAAGCAAGUGAUAUAUUCUGGCCUGGCCCAGCCCGUUUCUGUGCGAUAACUUGAACCCAGGGUCUUAUUGGAAACAUUCCAGCAGAGAAAGGGCGCAUUCAUCGCACUCCAAUUUUAAAAACAAUUUGGCUCGAACAUGCACUAUUCCGAGAGCGAGAUCAACGCGUAUCUGUACCGUUUGACCAAUAAAAAUAAAAAAUAAAGAUAAGGAAGGUCUUUUAACCUUUUCUUCUAAUAGUACAGGACAUAGUAGUGGUGGAGAAGUUGUUCCCCACGCCUUUCGUCAAACUAUUUUUGAGGAAAUAGUUUUAUUAUUAAAAUAUAUAAAAGUACUUUUAUAAUUUUCUUUUGUGAUUGCAAGUCUAAGUUACUUUUCGUGCAUUGCAAUAAAUAAUCACACCCCUCAGCUUCUAAUUAUGGCACGGUGGACCAAGUUUCGGUAACUACUCUCCUCAAGGUAGAUCGGAUCUGCGCUUAGCACUUGCAUAAACUAAAGGGGUGUGUCGACCCAUCUCGAACGAAACCAACGCCGAAUUACGAUCACUUCCAUCGAUCAUAGAGAGAGGAAAAUGGGGGGCGCGGAGGAUCACGAGCAUCAUCUCUACUCGAGAAGAUCGAAUCAGCAAAGGUGUCGUAAGCGAACGAAGCUGAAGAUACUGCUGCUGGUGAUAUCGACGAACCUGCUAUCCGUGUACCUGUUCUCCGGCGCGACGCUCGACGUGCAGUGGCCGGAGCACGCGCCGCGCAUCCACCUCUGGGACUCGGACGCGCUCCGCCGCGACCUCAACUCCACGCGCGCGAAGCUCGCCGACGCGCACGUCGCGCUCGCGGAGCUGCGCCUCCGCUGCUCCGCCGCCAGCUCCCUCCUCGACACCCUCCUCUCCGAGCUCGGCCGCCUCCACGGCGACGAUCCCGACGGGCUCGGCGACGGCGAGCUCUCCGGCGAGCUGAAGCUCGUCGCGUCCCCGCACAAGCUCCCCCUCGGCUUCACCCCGAACAUCGGCAGCGACGAGCUCUACCCCGUGCUCGGCGCCGCGUGCCGGCGCCACCAGGCGGACCUGCUCGCGUACAUGUCGUACGAGGUCGGGCGGGAGUGCCCGUCCGACGAGAUCUCCGCGCAGCGGCUCAUGCUGAAGGGCUGCGAGCCGCUCCCGCGGCGCCGGUGCAGGCCCAGGUCCCCGACGAACUACGUCGAGCCGACGCCGUUCCCGGAGAGCAUGUGGACGAUCCCCCCGGACACGAGCAUCACGUGGGACGCGUACAGCUGCAAGAACUACAGCUGCCUGGUGAACAGGGGGAGGGCGAAGGGCUCCUACGACUGCAAGGACUGCUUCGACCUGCUGCGCGGGAGGGAGAAGGUCCGGUGGCUCUCCGACAACGGCGGGCUCGACUUCGGCAUCGACGACGUGCUGCGGACGCGCCGGCCCGGCGCGGUGCGCAUCGGGCUCGACAUCGGCGGCGGCACGGGGACCUUCGCGGCGCGGAUGCGGGAGCGCAACGUGACGGUCGUGACGAGCACGAUGAACUUCGACGGGCCGUUCAACAGCUUCAUCGCGUCGCGCGGGCUCGUGCCCCUGCACGUCAGCGUCGCCCACCGGCUCCCCUUCGCCGACCACACGCUCGACGUCGUGCACUCCAUGCACGUGCUCAGCAACUGGAUACCCGACGUCAUGCUGGAGUUCGCGCUGUACGACAUCUACAGGGUGCUGCGCCCCGGGGGCCUGUUCUGGCUCGACCACUUCUUCUGCCUCGGCUCGCAGCUCAACGCCACCUACGUGCCCAUGUUCGACCGGAUCGGGUUCAAGAAGCUGCGCUGGGCGGCGGGGCGGAAGCUCGACCGGGGGAUCCGGAAGGACGAGUGGUAUGUCUCCGCUCUGCUGGAGAAGCCCGUAACUUAAAAAAACUUAGAAAGACCAAAUCGAUCACAGGAUCGAUCCAAGCAAAUAAGCUGGAGAGUCGAUCGAAACUAACUAACGCUCCGGCACACAUGAUUCAGAACUUUUGGUAUUCUUUUGUUAAUUUCCGGACCAAAAUAAUUAAGUUGAGAUCACCGGAAACAGGUUGUGUUAUUAUUGUUGUUUUUAAUGGCUCACUUUUUUCAAUUUGCUCUUCUUCCACACACGACACAAACACUUUUUUCAGUGGUAUCGGGAGAUCGUCUGUAAUUGAACAACAACACUUACAACAUUGUCAAGUUUUGCAAUACAUGUAUCAAUCGUAGGCAUUGAUCGAAGGCGCAUAUA